AUUGUAUCAUCAUUUGUAGCAUAAAGAGAUCCCAAUAAGCAUUUUGAAAAUGAAGAUUUUUAUGACUGCAGCUGCUGAUGCUUCUAUUGAACACACUUUUGAAUAGAUGUUAUAGUAUAGGACCGGAUAAUAAUUAUUGGCAGAGUAAAUCAAUUUAAGGUGAGCUGAAACGGUCACCAUCAUGACUUCGAUCAUCAAAGUGCAGACUUUGACGGGAAGCGACGGAGAAACACCCCACUGUCAUCUACUGCAGGUGGACGAGUGCCGUUUUCUGCUGGACGCCGGCUGGGACGAGAAUUUCAACCUGAACUACCUGCGUGAUGUGCGCAAACACGUCAACCAGAUCGACGCCGUGCUCCUGACGUUCCCCGAUCAGGCACAUCUGGGCGCGCUGCCCUACCUGUUCGGCAAGUGCGGCCUCAGCUGUGCCGUCUACGCCACUGUGCCCGUCUACAAGAUGGGCCAGAUGUUCCUCUACGAUCAGUACCAGUCGCGCCACAACACGGAAGACUUCAACGUGUUCUCUUUGGACGACGUCGAUUCGGCGUUCGAUAAGAUUGUACAGCUCAAGUACAACCAGAGCGUUGCGCUGAAGGGCCGUGGACAGGGGCUGACCAUCACACCUCUGGCCGCUGGCCACAUGAUCGGCGGUACCAUGUGGAAGAUCGUCAAAGACGGCGAGGAGGACAUCCUGUACGCCCCCGACUUCAACCACAAGAAGGAGCGCCACCUGAACGGGUGUGAUCUGGAGCACGUGGCGAGGCCCUCGCUCAUGAUCACAGACGCGUACAACGCCACGUACGCGCCUGCCCGCCGCCGGCAGCGCGACGAGCAACUCAUGACCACAAUUCUGCAGACCUUGCGCGGCGGCGGCCAUGUUCUAGUCGCCAUCGACACCGCCGGACGUAUGCUGGAGCUGGCGCACAUGCUCGAUCAGUUGUGGCGCAACAAGGAAUCUGGCCUGAUGGCUUACUCACUGGCGCUGCUCAACAAUGUCAGCUACAACGUGGUCGAGUUUGCAAAGUCGCAGAUUGAGUGGAUGUCUGACAAGCUAAUGCGUAGCUUCGAGGGUGCUCGCAACAACCCGUUUCAGUUCAAGCACCUAAAGCUGUUUCACUCUUUGAGCGAGGUAAAUCGCAUUCGAGGACCGAAAGUAGUACUAGCCAGUUCACCAGACCUGGAGUGUGGCUUCGCCCGAGAGCUCUUCACCCAGUGGUGCACCAGUGCCAAGAAUCACGUGAUCCUCACAGCGCGCACUAGCGUCGGCACGCUGGCUCGUGAUCUGAUGACCAACAAGAAGAAGAAGACGCUCUCGCUGCAGGUGAAGCAGCGCGUGCGCCUGGAGGGUGCUGAACUGGAGGAGUACCAGCGUCGCGAGCUGGAGGCCAAGCGCGCCAAGGCGGCCGCACUGGCCGGCGACAUAGACUCUUCAGACGAGUCGGACACCGACGAGGCUCCGCUGGCCACUGACGGACAGGUGGAACACGACCUGACACUGGCCAACGGCAAGCCCAACCCGCUCUUCUUCAAGUCGAGCAAGCGCCAGCACGCCGUGUUUCCGCACAUCGAGGAGCGCGUCAAGUACGACGACUAUGGUGAGCUGAUCCGCCCCGGCGAGUUCGCGGUGGCCGAGGAGGAGGUGAAGCCCGAGCCGGUCAAGGAGGAGGCCGAGCCGGCCGACCAGGAGAUGCAGGACCUGUCGACAGUGCCCAGCAAGUGCCUGGCCUAUUACCGCACCUUCACAGUGGCGGCUGGCGUGACGUACAUCGACUUCGAGGGCCGCACAGACGGCGAGAGCUUGUACCGGAUCCUGGAGCAGCUGCGUCCCCGGCGGCUGGUGCUGCUCAGGGGCACGGACGAGGUGGUACAGCCGCUGGCGGCCCGCUUCGCACAGGUGGCGGAGAAGGUGCUGAUUCCACGCGCCGGUCACCCGGUGGAUGCUACCACCGAGUCGCACAUCUACCAGGUCCGCCUGCGCGACUCGCUCGUCUCCUCACUGACCUUCUCCAAGGGCAAGGACGCCGAGGUGGCCUGGCUGGACGGCGUCGUUGUCAUGGCGACCGACCAGCGUCCCUCGGACGUCACCGCGCCGACUGACGACGCUGCCAUGGAAACGGAUGACGCUGAGGAGGCGAUCCCGACGCUAGAGCUUCUGCCGGCGGAGAAGGCGCCGCGACACAGUACUGUGUUCAUUAACGAGCUGCGUCUAUCGGACUUUAAGCAGGCGCUAGUGCGGCUGGGCAUCGCCUCCGAGUUUUCUGGUGGUGUGCUGUGGUGCUGUAACGGCACGGUGGCGCUCCGGCGUCAGGAGCAGGGCCACAUCACCAUCGAAGGCUGCCUGUCUGACGACUUUUUCCGGAUACGGGAGCUGCUGUAUGGACAGUAUGCCAUCGUGUGAGGCGUGACCGAUGUGUGUCGAUGGACUGCUUCUCGGCUGGACGCGAGGUGUUGCAUCCGCGAGCUGUGAGUGUUUUUCAGUGUUGCUCGCUCAAGAGCGAAAUGGAAACUGUUUUGUAUUGUACUGUGAGACGAGCGAAGCAAACGCAAAACCAUAAGUGACAGAGGUUCAAAGCCCAUUACACAAAGCGCGUCAGAACUUGAAACUUGUCCUCGCUGAAUGUUUGGUGUCACUGCCGAUUCCACCAACGUAUGCAUUUGUGGCGAGUUGUACAGGGGUUCUUUCGCCAUUGUACGUCAUUUGCCCGAAAUGUGAAAUGAACAUGAUCAUCAUUUUC